GGUGUUGAAGCCACUUCAGGCAACAACAAGCCCUGGAAUUCCAUUUUCCCCAUUGAAAAUGAGGAGCUGGUGUAUGAGCGCUGGGAAGAAAACAUCAUCUGGGAUGCCCAGGCUAUGUCCAGACUCAUGGAACCUCCAGUUCUGAGCCUCAACCUCAACGAUGAAGACCUCCUUUUGGAAAUUCCAGAAUCACCUGAAGACGAAGAGACACCAUCCAUCUCCUCCAAGAACAAGAUGGAAUCUUCCCAGAAGGGGCAAAUCCUAGAGAAAGUAUCCCUGAAGGACCCAUGGAACCUGUCCAAUGAUGAGUUUUACUAUCCCAGAAAAGACGAUUUACGAGGAACGCUCAAGGGGAUCAUCCAGCAUGCGACCCCAGCCAUGGACCUGCAGCUGCCCUUCUUCCCCACCUACAUGGGUCCCACCAAACUCCGGCAAUUCCAUCGCCCUCCUCUGAAAAAGUACGUCUCCGGGCCCCUGUCCAAACCAGGACCGCACCCCAUCCAGUCCUUGUUGGGUCACAUCCAGAAGAAAGCCCAGAUGAGAGAGCAGGAGCGGCAGGCCUCCGGAGGCGGAGAGAUGUUCUUUAUGCGCACGGCCCAGGACCUCACCGGCAAAGAUGGAGAUCUGGUUCUUGUAGAAUAUAGCGAGGAGUAUCCGCCCUUAAUGAUGCAGGUCGGCAUGGCAACCAAGAUAAAAAACUACUACAAACGGAAACUUGGAAAGGAUUCUGGAGCACCAGCCUGUGACUACGGAGAAACUGUUUACUGCCAUACAUCUCCUUUCCUGGGCUCUCUCCAACCUGGCCAGCUGCUGCAGGCCUUGGAGAACAACCUUUUCCGAGCCCCGAUCUAUCCCCACAGGAUGCCGGGGACGGAUUUCCUGGUCAUCCAGAAACGGCAGGGCUACUACAUCCGGGAAGUGAAGGACAUCUUUGUGGUUGGCCAGGAAUGUCCCCUGAUUGAAGUCCCGGCCCCCAAGUCCAAAAGGGCUGCUACUCACAUUCGGGACUUUCUGCAGGUUUUCAUUUACCGCUUGUUCGGGAAGAGUAGAGACCGGCCGCCACGGAUCAGGAUGGAGGAUAUCAAGAAAGCUUUCCCUUUCCACGCGGAGAGUACCAUCCGGAAGAGGCUGAAUGUCUGUGCUGACUUCCAGCGCACAGGAAUGGUCUCAAACUGGUGGGUCCUCAAGCCCAACUUCCGCUUACCUACCGAGGAGGAGUUACGAGCCAUGGUGUCUCCAGAGCAGUGCUGUGCCUAUUAUAGCAUGAUUGCCGCUGAGCAGAGGCUGAAGGAUGCUGGUUAUGGGGAGAAGUCCUUCUUGGCCCCAGAUGAAGAGAAUGAAGAAGGCUUCCAGAGUAAGAUCGAUGAUGAGGUGCUCACAGCUCCUUGGAACACAACCCGGGCCUUCCUCUCGGCCCUGAAGGGAAAGUGCCUCCUUGAUGUGACUGGUGUGGCGGAUCCCACAGGCUGUGGGGAGGGAUUCUCCUAUGUGAAGAUCCCAUUCAAACCCCCACCAAAGGAUGACAAGGACACCCAGCCGGUGAAAAAGACCAUCAUGGGCACAGAUGCCGACCUCCGUCGCCUCUCUCUCAAGAAGGCCAAGCAGCUUCUCCGCACAUUUGGUGUGGCCGAGGAAGAGAUCAAACAGCUGUCCCGCUGGGAGGUGAUCGACGUGGUGCGCAGAAUAUCCACAGAACAGGCCCGUUCAGGGGUGGACAUCACGAGUAAGUUUGCCCGAGGACUGAGGGGCUCUGUGGCCGAGACUCAGGACCGCUACAGGAUGGACUGUCAGAGGAUCUUCGACCUACAGAACAAGAUUUUAGCAUCCACCGAGGUCUUAUCGACAGACUCUGACAGCAGCUCCUCUGAUGAGGACAACAUACUAGAGGAGAUGGGGAAGAAUGUAGAGGACCUCCUCGAGAACAAAAAAACGCUCUCCCAGCUGCAUUAUUAUAGGGAAGAACAGGAGCGGAAGCUGCUUCAGAAGAUGUUUCUGGGGGAAGAUAGUGGUAACAAGGGAAAGGAAAAGACGACCGACCAAACCCAGACAGCCAAGAACUCUGUCAAGAAUGGCCAGACUCCUGAGCCCAGUUCCACCCCAUCCAUCUCAGGCUGCCACUUCCUCAAAAUCUACCGCACAUUUAAAAAUGAUGAUGGCAAAGAGUACGUCCGCUGUGAAACUGUCUGUAGCCCAGCUGUCAUUGAGGCGUACAGCCAGAUCCGGACCACCAUGGAUGAGGAGUCCAUCCGCAGUAUUGCCCUAUCUGACCGGAAGCACCACCUGGAGUUGCGGAAAGAGCGACGCAGGAUCCAGGACCAGCUGAGGCGGCUCAGGCGGAGCCAAGAGAAGGCAAAGCUCCAGGGCCCACCUGAACAGAAGGCCAAGCCCAAAAUAAAGACCCUUCCUGAUCUGAAGCUGAAAUGUGGGGCUUGUGGUGCAGUUGGACACAUGAGGACAAACAAGGUCUGUCCUCUUUAUAACCCAAACCACGCCCUCCCUGCCACCUCUGUCGCCAUGACAGAGGAGCAGGAGGAAGCGUUGGAGAAGAUGACCUACGACAGCAAUGCAGAAGUCAUUAACAUGGAGGGGACCAAGAUCGUGUUUAAGAAGCAACUUUUUGAGAGGGCUGAAGAAAUACGCCGGAAGAGCCUUGUCCUGAAGUUCCCCAAAGUGUGUCUCCCUCCCACCAAGAAGCGGCGAAUUGAAGCAGAUGUCCACUGUGGCUCUGUUUCCGAAAUGCAGGGAAACAGUCUUGUGGAUGCAGAGAGAAAGUCUGGGUGGCCACAGCCGAAGCUUAAGCCUCACUGGCAGGAGCAGCAGCAGAAGUCCCAGGAGCCCCAGUGGCAACCACAGCAGCAGUCGCAGAACCUGCAGCAGCAGCCACAACAGCAACCACAGCGGCAACAGGCGCAGAAGCUGCUGCAGUCCCAGUGGCAGCCCCAGAAACAGCAGUUGCCAAAGCUGCAGCAGCGGCAGCCCCAACAGCAGCCGCAGGAGCUGCUACAGCCCCAACAGCCCCAGCAGCAGCUGCAGCAGACGCAGUCACAGAAGCUGCAGCAGCCGCAGAAACGGCUACAGCCCCAGCAGCAGCCAAAGCUGCAGCAGCAGCCCCAGCAGCAGCAGCAGCAAUGGAAGCUGCAGAAGCAACAGCCGCAGAAGCUGCAGCAGCAGCCCCAACAGCAGCAACAGAAGCUGCGGCAGCCAGAGCAGCAGCAGGCACAAAGGCUGCAGCAGCAGCCCCCACAGAAGCAGUCGCAAAAGCUGCUGCAGCAGCAGUCAUCCCAGGAGCAGUACUGGCAGAAGCUGCAGCAGCGCCUGGGGCGACCACAGCAGCAGCAGCCUCAGCUGCAGAAGCCCCAGCAGCAGCCGAAGCUACAACAGCCCCAGCAGCCGCAGCAGAAGCUGCAGCAGCCCCAGCAGCAGCUGCAGCAGACACAGUCACAGAAGCUGCAGCAGCCGCAGAAACGGCUACAGCCCCAGCGGGAGCCCCAGCAGCAGCCAAAGCAGCAACAGCAGCCUCAGUGGCGACCACAGAAGCCGCAGCAGCAGAAGCCGCAGCAGCAGAAGCCGCAGCGGCAGAAGCCUCAGCAACAGCCCCAGCAGCCCCAGCAGCAGCAGAAGAGGCACCAUCCCCAGCAGCCGCAGCAACGGAAGCCGCACAAGCCCCAGCAGAAGCGGCAGCCGCUUAGUGUCUUGUAUGAGGAUCUUCUCUUGUCAGAUGAGGAUGAUGAAGAAUGGUGA